UGCGUUCAAUGUGACGUCAUGCAGGGUUUUUAACGCUUAGUUUUUCCUUUGGGCUCAGCAAGCCAUGGGCAGUUCAGGAUUAUUGCGGGUCCAGUUCCCUAUAACAGUAUUAUUGUCAUGUAUGUUUACAUUGUCCUCCGGCAGUGAAAUGAGUUUUGUAACGUGCGGGUCGGCGGUGAAGCUGCUCAAUGUGAAACACAACGUCAGGUUACACUCUCACGAUGUGCGCUAUGGUUCUGGUAGUGGUCAGCAGUCGGUGACCGGUGUGACCACAGCGGAGGACAGUAACAGUUACUGGAGUGUGCGGGGCACCAGUGAUGCUGCAUGUCAUCGAGGGACUCCAGUACAGUGUGGACAGAACAUCCGAUUGACCCAUGUGAACACGGGCCGCAAUCUCCACAGCCACUACUUUACUUCACCUCUUUCUUCAAAUCAGGAGGUCAGUGCCUUUGGUGAGAACGGCGAGGGUGACUAUCUGGACGAGUGGACGGUUCUGUGUGCAGGCUCUGUGUGGCAGCGGGAGGAGUCCGUUCGGUUCCGCCACACGUCCACUGAGGCUCUGCUGUCUGUGACGGGGGAACAGUACGGCAGACCCAUCCACGGCCAGAGAGAAGUGCACGGCAUGAUGGUCAGCAGCUCACACAGCUACUGGAAAACAAUGGAGGGCAUCUUCAUGAAACCCAGUCAGACUGGAUCCAGGGAUUUCAGCAUACAUACUGAGUUUUAGAGAAACGCUUCAUACAAGCUGAAUCUGCUGGACUCUUCAUUUUAUAGGGUCCUGUUGUUUGUUUUUCUUUAUUGCUGGUCCAGAAGAGGAGCCUUGAGCUGUUAUGAAAAACAGUUUCAUAAUCAAACUGUGCCUCAUGGUCAUUUUUGAAAGCUUUAAGCAUAUCGUUUUAUUUUGCACAGCAUACACUACUGUUCAGAAGUUUGGGGUCAAUAAGGAUUAUUAAGGUUUUGUCAAAAAUAUUAAGCAUUACAACUGUUUUCAACAUUGAUCAUAGUAAGAAAUGUUUUUUUUGAGCACCAGAUCAGCAUAUUGGAAUGAUUUCUGAAAGAUCAUGUGACACUGAAGACUGGAGGAAUGUUUGCUCAUAAGAUUAAAAGAACAAGAUAAAAUGCA